UUGACUAGCAAAGCGACGGCGUUUUCUGAUGCUGUGUGCAAACGCAAAUGUCAGAAGAAGAGCUGUGUCUUACUCGCUGUACAGGAAUGGAGGCGAUCACUUCCCUUACCUCUAAAAACUUCCUCGCAAACUCGGUCUCGGUGGAUUGGUGGCGCUGUUGCUUAUUGCUCCAUCUCUCAUCAGAUUUCGCAUUGGAGUGAUCAUAAAGAAGAGUGUGGAAAGCUAUAGCAACAAAUGAAGCUUGUACAUGACUUGAACGAUUUCCCUUUCACUUUUACUCCAGAAGCCACUCUUCUGGUUUUUGAAAAGCGGCAGAGUAGGUGUUCGUUCCUAAGCAAAUGACCCGAUGGUGGUGGGAAUGACGCCACUAACUUGCAUCUUUUUCCUUCUAGUAUAAAGAGAGGGCUGGUCGUCCCCUGACAUAUCGAAGUGGAGGCCUCAAAGUCUGGUAGAAUCAUGUCAUAUUCGGACAACAUUGAAGAUACAUUCUCCUAUUCCCGGACUAUUCCGAACAUUGAUAGCAUUUCCUCUAUCUCUUCCUGACAAUGUCAUGAAUUUCUUGACAGAUUCAGAAGGGUAUGCUCACAAUAAAGAGAAGCAAGCGUUAUAAUUUGAUAAUGCUGACUUGAUUGUAAAUUAUCAAGAGUUAGUUACUGUUUGAUUUAGUUCGAGACCGUCCAUAUUGUCCGAACAAGAUUCGAAGACGUAAACCCUUCCUGCUUUUAGUAAUAGAAAAUAUUCGUUUGGGUGUAUGCCAUUUUCAAAAACCACACCAAACUUGUUUACCAGGAAAUGCCCCACGUGGUCUUGGCAUCUCCUGCUCCAGCGGCGCAACUAAUCAUCGUGAACAACGCGAAUAGGGGUCAAUUUAGGUUAAGGUACUCCUUCUCUCUCAAUCCACAUGGGCCAAAUCCCAAAUCUCCUCCAUUUCUGACUUGGUUUUCUCCUUCUGCAACUCAAUCUAUCCCUUCCUAAGAGUUGCACCAAUUGAAAACGAACCUAAUCCAUGUCUAUAUCGCUUCGAACGACAUUGCGUUUGGCGCUAUCGUCUUUUGUGUUAUUAUGCUUUUUAGGGUUAGGGUUGGAUUCAAUUUAUGCCGAAGCUUUGAAGGUACCUUUCAGGGUUAAUGACGUGCUUCCGGUCUUGCCACGUCAGAUCUCAUGGCCUGUACUGAACAAUUUUCAUGGCGCUGUUGAUUUGUUGCCGUAUUUCGUUGGAUCGGUGUCUCCCAAAAAUGGCUCUAUUCAGUGGAAAGGAGCUUGCUUUUAUGAGAACGAGGCUCGCCUUGAUUUCACCGAAGGUGAUCGUGAUCAACCUGGCUUGGGAGGCGGUGUUCUCCAUGUCAAGACAUCUGCAGCGCACAGCUGGACCUGUAUGGAUUUGUAUGUUUUUGCAACACCAUAUCGAGUUUCCUGGGAUUAUUACUUUUCUGCUCGAGAGCAUACUCUGAAGUUUGAGUCAUGGGAAGAACCUGCAGAGCAGGAAUACGUGAAGCAACAUGGGGUUUCUGUAUUUCUCAUGCCGUCAGGAAUGCUUGGGACCUUGCGUUCUUUAAUAGAUGUCUUGCCUUUGUUCUCUAACUCUGCAUGGGGUCAGAGUGCUAACAUAGCUUUUCUUAAGAAGCACAUGGGUGUCACAUUUGAGAUACGUCCCAAGCCCUGGCAUACUAUCAUUAAUCCUGAUGAUGUUCAUUCUGGUGAUUUUCUGGCUGUGUCAAAGAUUCGUGGUCGGUGGGGUGGAUUUGAGACAUUGGAGAAAUGGGUAACUGGUGCAUUCGCUGGUCAUACAGCAGUUUGCUUGAAGGAUGAAAUGGGGAAUCUUUGGGUUGGUGAAUCAGGACAUGAGAAUGAAAAGGGUGAAGAGAUUAUAGAAGUAAUCCCAUGGGAUGAGUGGUGGGAUAUUUCUCUAAAGGAUAACUCUAAUCCACAAAUAGCUUUGCUUCCUUUACAUCCAGACGUGCGUGCAAAGUUCAACAACACUGCAGCUUGGGAGUAUGCUCAGAGCAUGUCAGGCAAGCCAUAUGGUUAUCACAACAUGAUAUUUAGUUGGAUUGACACGAUAGCUGACAACUAUCCACCACCUCUUGAUGCUCACUUGGUCAUUUCUGUCAUGUCUAUGUGGACUAGGAUUCAGCCUACUUAUGCGGCUAAUAUGUGGAAUGAAGCCCUAAAUAAACGGCUAGGGACUGAGGGUUUGGACCUGUAUGGAAUUCUAGCUGAGGUUGAAAGGCGUGGCAUAGCCUUCGAUGAAUUGCUCACUAUUCCAGAGCAAGAUGAAUGGAUGUACAGUGAUGGGAAAUCAACAACAUGUGUUGCCUUUAUCCUUGCAAUGUAUAAGGAGGCUGGAGUCUUUGGUCCCAUUUCAAGCUCUAUUCAAGUAACUGAAUUUACUAUUCGUGAUGCAUACACGCUUAAAAUUUUUGAGGACAACCAAACAAACCUGCCUGGCUGGUGCAACAAGAAGGAUGGCCAGCAGGCACAGCUCCCAUUCUGCCAGAUUCUUGGUGAGUAUUGGAUGGAAUUGCCUGGAUAUAAUAGCGUAGAGCCAUAUGCCAAUAUGAACGAAAACUGUCCAUCCUUACCUCCCAGUUAUGAUAGGCCUGAGCGUUGUUAAUUUGAAAUCAACUAAUUUGUUAGCACUAAAAUGCUGUCCUUCCAUCAAGUACACAAUGUACCAGUUUCUUAGCUGCAAAGAUGUAUUUCGAGAACAAUAAGUGGUAUAUAUUUUCUCUUUCCCGCGUCCUACUGAAGAUAUGCAGAGGCAAUGCUGUACAUAAAUGCUAUUCCAGUAAAGACAGUAUUGCUUAUAGCAACUUCUUUCUUCUCA